GAGUUUAUAUGAUGUAUAGAUUGAAUUGCCUCUGAGUGGGCACCCGUUUGUGACCCUGGCCUCUGUCUGCCCGUCUCCCCCAUCCGAGUCCUCUAGGCUCUCGACGUUUCUCUGCUUAGCGUGCCCUGCUUUCUCCCUCAUUGUUCCGCCAGUGCUGGUGCUGUCAGAUGUGCACACAGUUCUAGGCGUCGCAACAAUUUUGACUCGUCUUGUGUGUAUGGGCCUAGAUCCUGUCAGUUCCUGGUCGUUAACUUCUGGUACCCGAGAGGGUUUGGCGGCUUCGGCCCGGGUAGAAUCGGGCGAGGCAGGUGGGGAGAACGUUUUGAGGUCGAUGAUUCGAGCUGUCAGGGUACAACUCGCAUCUUCCUGAGUUGCUUGCCUGUCACCUGUCGCAGGAACGUUCUCGUGGGGAAUUGAAUCAGGGGAAUUAGGACUACGAGGUGAAGGAGGUCAUCCGCCUGAGGAGCUGUAGUUUGAGUGGCGUAAUCGCGUUGUCGUUGUCGAGGAGCGUCUGUUUGAACUGUCGUCAGUUCGAAUUGCACUGUUCAUGAAAGGAUUGCUGUGACGUUGUGGAGGCGGCCAGGGGAUGUUUGCGUGGUGAGAUGCCUGGAGGGUGUGGAUUUUCGCGGGGAAUUCGAAUCUAGGGUGAACUCUGAUGGAGAAAUACUUUUUUCUUGCGUACUGCACUUCAUGUAUACGUGAGGAGUAACGUGGCGAAGAUUGUUGAGAAGGUCACUUUCGGAUCGAGACGCUUCCAGUGAUUGUUUCUUGUGAGAUUUGGGACUUUUUCUAGUGUCAAUGACGCAAAAUCGAAGUCAGUCGUACCGAGGACAGACUCAGUGGACGAAAAAACCUAGUCCUGUCGAUGCCAAUCCCUCAACUUCGAGAAUUUCAUCAGCGCGGGAACCACCGAAACAAGAUGCUUGGAGUAGUUGGGGAGAAACAGGUGAUGUAAGCAACCAAGGUGCUUGCUGGGCGACACCAAAUAAGUUCGAAGGUAUCAACGGAGAGGAACUCCGAAGUAUUUUGGACUGGGACGAUGCCGCAGCAGCUGAUGCUUAUCUCUGCAGGUUGCGGGCAACUAAGGCGCAGUUUGACGCCGAAAUCCAAAAGCUUUCUGCGCACAUCGACUGGGAAAGGAGAUGGGUUUGCAACCUCCCGGAAUGCGCAGAGGCGAUGACUCGCGAGGAGAAUAAGAGGAAAGCGAAAGGAAUCCAUCCAAAGCAUGAACAAUCGCGGAGUGGGAGUCCCGUCAUAAUUGGCCUACCAGGAGGCAGAGAGCCUGGUGAGAAUGAUCGUGCCGUUUCUUCGCUCCAUCUUCCUUUGUUUGCAGUACCUCCAGCCACUGGGUGGGGAGACGAAGGAGACGUGGUUCCUCCCGCUCCAACAGAAUGGAAUGUGGGCAAUACGGCUGUACCCGUGGCCACAGGAUGGGAUGAUGGCAAUGUUGAUAUGCCCGUGGCUACAGGAUGGGAUGAUGGCAAUGCUGCUGUUCCCGUGCCCACUGGGUGGGACGAUGGAGACGUUGAUAUUCCCGUCCCCACAGGAUGGGGUGAUGACGAUGUUGCUGCCCCAACUCCCACAGGAUGGGGAGACGAUCGGGACGUGACAGUCCCAGUGACAGGGUGGGAAGACCAGGGAGCUAGGGCUGCUUCAAACUCAGCUUGGGAAGGACGGAUGCCUCAAGACAAUGCUCCCCAUUUGCACAACUCAGCAUCGUUCAGGUGGGAUGAAGCUGGAGCAAGGCGUGGCCCGACUCGGUGGGCAGAAGUUGCAGCAAGGCCUGCUGCCUUUGGACGGGCGGUAGUUGCGACAGCGAACCCAGUGAAUCAAGUGCCCGGAUGGGAGUGUUCCACACCAGAGAGUCGUGGCACCAAUGUUGCUUCUGGAAGGGAAGCAGCUGAGCCAUUCGCUUCUGGUUGGGAAACUUUCUCACAGAAUCAAUUUGGCAUGAAUGCGGAUUGGAUGCAGCAGCCAACUUAUCCGGACAAUCCAGAUUCUUACAAACACAUUAAACCCUCAGGUUGGGAUUAUAUUCCAGAAGAAAAAACACCCGCUCUAGAUGUAGAGAUGAACCAUUGUCGCAGUGCGUACGGGGAACCUCUGGCUGCGCGCGACUUGCCGCGCAAUGGUCGAUCAGGAAGGAUUCGUAAUUACAGCAGAGGUGAUGUUUACCAAGAACGGUUCAGACUUGGUCAUAGCCGGCCUUUCAAGCUCGGUUCAGAAAAGAGACCCAAGAAGGAAAGUGAACUUCACAACAAUUUAAAUUCCCACUGCCGAAGGAAUUCCCAGAGGCAAUGUAGAUCUCCAUUCGCGAAUAACUUGAGAGUCAAUCAAGAAUCCAAGCCGUCUCUCGCGAGCCGGUUGGAGCGAGCUAAAAGCUCUGUUUGGCAAGCUGCUUGCGCCCUCUCAAAUGAGGAGCGAACAUCUCUGAUCAACAACGACAAGAAGCCGAUAAGAACGUGACUACUGUUACAGGUGGUGAUCUAUAGGAGUCAGAUGAAGAGUUUAGUUCCUUCUAAAGAGGAGAUACUGUGAGUACGGUGUGAGUGUUCAACAGCUUUGAUCAUAUCAAAAGCCACAAAACAUUUUGUACUCUACGAUACUGCAGGGUUUCCUUAUCAAACUGGUGUGAGCGAGCGAGCUAGAAGUAUAGAGAAUACACGAUUUAUACUACGAAUUGCUCUUAUUUUAGCAGAGAAACUGGACGGUGAUUUAUUUACGAAGAUAUGAGUGUGAAAAGUUUUGGAAAUCUGUAUACAGUUCAGGUUUCCAUCUCCGGCUCUAGUCACCCCCAACAUGGAUAGGGGUGGAUGUUAAAGAAUGACUUGGUAAACCUUUUAUUGAGUUUACGUACGUUGUAAAUGCUAUCAGUGCACGAGAGUAGAAAGAAAGUAGUUGUAUAGCCAAAUAUAACAAGAGAUGAGGUUGUUUCUUUUUACCGUUUUUUCAGGAUUUACAAAAGAGACAGUUAUAGCUUAGGAGCCAGAUACUGGUGGCAGAGGCCUUAAUGGUUGCAGUCGAUUAUCACGUAUAGCCCAUGUAAGAAGAUGAAUGAUCUGGCUGAAGAAGAAAACGUUUACGGCAGCUAAUAAAACUUGCCCGCGAUUG